GCAUUGUGACAGCAUGUCAGCUACCCAGCCUAAGCUUUGGCCCCAAGUGAAUAUUCAUCAUUGGCUCAAGCACUCAAGCAAUUCAGAGGCUACUUUUCACAUAUAUACAGUCUUUACACACCUGGUUAAACAUGUGCUUUAGAUUUCAGUUUCAACAUUUCCGACGGCACACGAAGGCACCAUGAAGUUACAUGUGCAGCUUUAAAGUCUAAACGCUUUUCUAUCUAAUAAAUGACAUCUUGAUUCUGUUGUAAAACUCCAGUCUGUCUUUCUCUCUCUCUUUCCCUCUGCUCCACCUACGUAGCCUACUGCUUUGUCUCUCUCUCUCUCUCUCUUUCCCUCUCUCUCUCUCUCCCAGGGCAGAAAUGCAGCUGAGCUUGAUCUGACUUGUCCUCCCCUCCAUGCUGGACGGGUUUUUGCUGCUCCCCGGGACUUCUUUGGGUUUCUGUAGCCGACUUACCCACACUGGGAUAUGGCCGUAUCUGUUUCUCUGCAGUGUUUGGGGCUCAUCAUUCUCGCUGCCGUCCUCCUCCAGACCAUCGCGGUGUCCGUCAGUUUCAUGUACUUCAACCAAGUCCUGAACACGAUGCAGGAGAGUUUCUCCAGAAGCAGUGUGUCCUGUCUGAUUAACGCAGAGCUACACCCCGAGUCAGGAGAGGACAAGAGGAGCGACCCCUGCUGGCAAGUCACGCAACAGCUCCACUACCACAUAGAGAAGACCAUGGCCGACCGUUUUCAGAAGGAGAUAUCCACUACAAUGAGAGACAAGCUGACAGGAGUGAUGCCUGUCCUGAACCCUGGAAUCCGAGGGGUCCCUCUUCCUAAAGUUGCUGCCCAUGUGACCGGUGUUAUCUCACCCACAGGACCCCAAACAGCAGAUGGUUCGAGGAGCAGCAGGGGGUACAUGGGGGAGCGGAUCAGGGCGUGGGAGGGCCAGAGAGGUCUGUCCUUCCUGCAGAACAUGGAGCUGAGGGAGGGAGAGCUGCUGGUGGCGCGAGCAGGACUCUACUACAUCUAUGCCCAGACGUACUUUAGACUGCUCUCCACGGGGGGAACCGACGGGGAGGCCAAGGGGGAGACAGGGGAGGAGGAAGGAGCACAGCUUGUGCAGUAUAUCUACAAGAAGAUGAGUUCCUACCCGGUGCCCAUCCUGCUGAUGAAGUCUUCACGGAGUGCCUGCUGGCCUCGGGGUCCCGAGCCCGGUCUCUUCUCCCUGCAUCAGGCCGGUACUGCCUUUCUACAGCCUGCAGACCGCCUCUUCAUCAGCGUUAGCAAUGCCAGCGCCAUGGAGAUGGACGGGAGGGCAAGCUACUUCGGGGCUUUUCUUGUCGGCUAAAGGAGAAGAAGAAGAAGAAGACGACCUCGGAAGGGAAGUGUCUUUGCCGGGGAAGAUUUGAUAACAGACAUCAUCAGGUGCUAACCAAAAAUGUCAGGGGGUUCGCUCGAUAAUACGAGCAGCCGACUGAGGGUGCAAGAUUGGUGGAGAAGAAUGGACCAUGAGGAGUACAAAGGAGUCUGACUGGUUCAGGCAGACGGGCUGGAGAGGUUGUGAUCAAACCUCCCACAGGUUAUUAUUUGCUCUUAAGGCGGGUAAACAAAGUGGACUGUGUAACAGAGCUAACAAGGAUUGUGUGGUGCAUUCAGUGUACGAGGCCUCGAGCAGCACAAAGGAUACUGAAGUACUCUGAUGUGUGCGUGACCAAAGGGACCUGCUGUUUCCCGCAGGUUAAAAAGUGGACAGUUCAUCCCAAGGAAGCGGCGAUGCAGUUGGACACGACAGAUGUGAUAAACAUAAAGAACGCCACAAGAUAAGAUUGUAGAUAUUCAACGCUAUGAACGAAGCUUAUUUUUUAAGUCGACUUCUUAUGGCUGAAUUUCCCUUUUUGUGUAAUAUGUGAACGAACAUGUGGGCUGACAAAUGUCCCGAGGCUUCAAAGAAAAAGCACUGAUGUAGUAUGAAUGGAGCGAGUAUUUAAAAGUGUGUUCAGACCAUCCAGUGUUUAUUUAUCCAAUGGAUAUCAAUCCUUACUGUAAAGUGCUGGAAAGAUUUUAUAAAAAUGAGUUGCUAUCAGAUCAAAUGUGGAAUUCCUCGCGUUUGCGAGGUCAUGCUGAACUUUUCAUUUUGUUCCACCACUUCUUUAGCAAUACGAGCUACAGAAAAUGAGUGAGAAAUAAUGAACCUUAACAUAAAUGUUGAAUUUGUAAAA